UUGCGUCGUUAGUGAAUAAGGGCUAUAGAUGUCAUUGUCGCAUCAAAAUAAAUGGUUCAUUAGUUAAACUCGCGCGCACCGCCGCUGCGAUCACUGUUGAUACCGACAUCGCCAUGGCCGCUCGCGGGAGCGUGCUUGUAGCACUAAUUUUAAUCGUAACUAUAACCUGCGCGCGCGACUGCAUAGAACUUACCCUACCCGAGUUUAACGACAGUAUUCUGAACAGGACGUUUUUCAAUGUCAAGCGACAAGUUGAUAGUGUGGGGGUACUGGAUCUGUGGGAUCGGUUCCCGAGGGUUGUGGUGCCCACCAAUGGAACAAGCGAAUUCUGCCGCAGGGACAGCCAACUGUACCUAGAGGGCUUGGAGCGCCUGGAAUUAUGGGCUUUGAAAAUGUUCGACGCCACAGCAAAACCUCCUUCUGGGAUUUUGAGUGGGAACGUGAACCAAUAUGGCGACUUCGACGAAUGCCUCGCCAUCGACGGGCCAGUCCGGGGGAAGUACUGCCUUGCCUCGUUGGAAGUCAGUUUGGCGCGACCAGGAUAUUUGCACCUCGACAAGAUGAUACACAGCGGACAUUAUCUCAGGAGCAAUAUUUCUGAUAUGGGUCACCGUGUGCCUCGUUACUCCAGCAUCCUCUGGGGCGUCUGUAUCCCCAGCUCCUGCAGCAGCUUCGACCUUGAGGAGGAGCUGUCCCACCGGCUCUCAGGCCUCGGCAUCUCAGUCAGAGUUCAGAACACUAUGUGCACUGUCAAGGAUUUCAAACGACCUUAUUCAUUUGGGAAGACUCUUUCGAUAACAUUUUUCCUGGCGAUCUUAUUACUGCUAAGUCUGGGGACGAUCCUCGACGACGGUACAGAGGGCGCUACGAACUUCGAAAAACUCCUGAAUGCGUUUUCACUGAGACGCAAUCUGAGGAAGGUGUUCGAAGUGUCGGACGAGACGAGGGUGAAAGGGGUCGACGCGUUUAGAGGGGUCAACGCGUUGGCACUUCUUAUGGCUCAUAAGUCUAUGGCGAUGGCGCAUAACCCCUAUGUCAACAAGACGCAGUUUUCAGCGGUAUUUGGGAUGCCGUGGGCAGUAAUAGGACGCUCGGCCAUAGUCUACACGGAUAGCUUCUUAUACAUUAGCGGCUUCUUGAACGCCAACAACCUGUUGUCUGAAUUGGAGAGGAAAGGGACCAUUGAUAUCAAAAACAGACUUAUUUCAAGAUGGUUCAGAUUAUUCCCCCUGUUCCUGUCGCUAAUGCUAUUCUGCACCUACGUGUUGCCCGAUGUUAACAACGGCCCACAGUGGAACUUAGUCGUGGAAGAGCACAGCCGAAUCUGCGAGAAGAAUAUGUGGAAGAGCUUCCUGUUCAUACACAAUUACUUUGGAUUUGAGGAAAUGUGUUUAACACACACGCACCAAAUCGGCAUGGACAUGCAGUUAUACGUGGCCACGCUGCCGCUCCUGCUGUUGCUAUGGCGACACCGCCGGCUGGGCUGGACGCUCAUCGCCGCCGUCGCCGUCGCCUCCACAGCGCUCCGCUGGCUCGCCAUCUACUGGUACGACAUCAGCAUGUUCGUGUACUUUGGGAUCUCGGUCCAGAAGUUACUAGACGCGGCCCGGUACUCCUACAUCCUGCCCACGCACCGGGCCACUAUCUACCUCAUCGGAGUGUGUAUGGCAUACUGCUUGAGAACAAAGAAGUUCAACUUUAACCUUUCAAAUACGCAAGUCCGUCUGCUCUGGCUGUCCUGCUUCGCGCUGGCCGCGGCGACCAUCGUCAGCCCAUACCGGAUGGGUAUGGAGGGGUACGAGUACGAACAUGCCCCUGCUGCAGUCUUCGCGGCCUUCUCUCCGAUACUUUGGGGGAUCUUCAUGUGUAUCAUGCAUUGGGCGAUCUGUAAUGACUAUGCAGGCAUAGGAACCGCAUUCGUCGAAUGGCGAGUGUUUAAGUUCUUCAAUAAGAUCGCGUACGGCGUCUACUUGACGCAGUUCCCGAUAUUCUUUUACAACGUUGGCAUCCAGAGGCAUUCGGAGCACUACACUCCUUUAUUACUGGUCCACGUGCCUGAGAUGCUGGCGGUACUUGUGGUAUCUAUAAUCGCCACGGUAGCUAUUGAGAUGCCCUUCAACAAAGUUUAUAGGAUAUAUUUCGGAAAACCACAGACAAAUAAAUUAAAGGACAAGUGAAUGAAGACUAUUAGUUUGUAAGGACUGGACUAAAGAAAUGUAUUAUACUUAGCUGUAUCUAGACAUCACCUAGGUUUAAGUUACCUAUGUAAGUUAUGUUAGUAUUUUAUAUCGCAUCGAAAUAAAGUGAAUAAAUAAUAAGUUAUUAAAUAA